AUGUAUUUAGGUAGUCGAGAUGGGUUAAAGGCAGAAUAUUUUUGGAAUAAAGUUAAUAAUAAAGACAAUCUAUUAAUGGUAUUUAAAUCCAAAAGUGGCUCUAUCUUUGGAGCAUACUCUCCUUGUAAAUGGGAUUAUAGUGGAAAUUCUGAUAAACAAGAUAAUACAUUAUCAUCUUUUAUAUUUUCAUAAACUCAUGAUUAAAUAUAUAAUUUGAAGGAGGAUUAGAAGGAUAGAGCUAUUCAUUGUCAUAUUAAUAGAGGACCAUCAUAUGGAAAUUAUAAUGAUAUUUAUAUUAAUGGUGAUUUUACUGAUGGUUAUUCUGAUUUAGGUUGUUAAUAUUAAUUUGAUAGAAAUAAUAAUAAAAAUUAUAAAACUCAUCAGUUCAAAGUAAUCUACUAUUGA